CAAACAUACUCUCAAAUUCUUGCAAAUAUCGAAGAUGACUUUGUAGAAAAUAUAAAAACAACCGUUCGUCGAUUUUUGUUUAAAAAAUCGUCGUUUGUAUUAAGCAGGAGAACGCUUUACUAAUCAUUUCAGAAGUCAAAAAUGGUUAUUCCAACCUCAGAAAGUGAAACAAGGCCGACCCAUUUUAACGGGAACAAAUUUUACAUGACCGUAAAUAUUACGACCAUGAAAGCAAGUAGCGAAGAUGGCGAUGUGUUUUACGAAACACCAGCUGCUCAGGGUAUUUCUGGCCUCUUUGUGGGUUUGGCUAUCUUGAUCACAGUACACCAGGCAAGUAGUUUUCGAAAUUUAACAAACUUGUGUUACAUUUUAAUAUGUUCUCAUUGAAGUCGUGUUUAUAUAAAAUAACAACGAUCAAAUUUGUUUACAUUUUGAAUUUUGUAACAUUUUAAAUAUUGAAGCCUUCUCUCAAGGAACUACAAAGCAGAAAAGUGUUUAGAUUUUGUCGUAGAUAUUGUACAAUCUGUACAGUUCAAAUGUUUUAGCCUAUUUUGUUGUUUAUCACGCGAGAGCAAUAAAACGUGAUGACAGAUCGAACGGAAGUGCUAAAGUGUGGAAAUUGUGAAUUUUUCUGCUGGAAUUUUAGUUUAUAUUGUCGUGCUGCGUUUACGGUUAUUAAUUUCUAUUGAAAUAUUAUGUGUAAUGAUGUGAAGUUUGAAACUAGGCUGUAAUCUGUAGGUUUUUAAUGCAGUUUUUCUAGUGUAGACAUAUGUGGCUAUAGAAUAGCUCUAUUAUAGCUGUGUCAUCACUGUCAUGAUUAAAGUAACACCAUCUAUUGGCACUGAGCCAUCCCAUUUUAAAUCCAUUCUAGAAGAGAUCUCUAUUCUCCCAAUCUUUGAAUGCCUGCCAGAGAUAUUGGUUAACCAGAGAAGAUAGGAAAAGGGGAGGGUGAAUGCCCCACAAGGAUAAUAUAAUUGUGAGGAAUUAUUUAAUGUCGUCGCUGGCUCAAUUAGUUUGGCUCCCUGGCUCGAUUAGCAUUUUAGUUAUUCCAGGGAGCAAUUGCAAAUGCUCCCUCUAAAAUUGUAAAUAUAAAAAAUGGCAAAUUGUAAAUAUUGUGCUGUUGGCCCGAGGCUCAUGAUACGUACUCCAGUUUCAUGAAUGGCAAAAUCAUGCCACUUUUGGAACCAUCUUAAAUUUCCCUGGAUCUGUAUGAACAGGGGAUUAGGAAAAUAAUAAACAAUGUGCAUUUAUGAUUUUAAAAUAUUUUGUUUCGUUUAGAUUUAUCUUCAUUUAAAAUUUUACACAAAUCCGAACCAACAACGAUGGAUUGUUCGGAUCUUGUUCAUCGUUCCAAUAUAUGCAUUUCAUUCCUGGCUUAGUCUUCUGUUUUUUCAACAUUCAUAUUCCAUUUACUUUGACACUGUGAGAGAUUGCUAUGAAGGUGAGAAGCUUGUGAACCCUUCUGCUUGCAAAAAAAAAUUCUUCCUGGGAGCAUAACCUGGAGACAAAAAUUUCCUGCAGACCAAUGGAGUAUUUUUGUGCUAAAUCUGCAUGUGCUUAAACAUAUAUAGUGUUCUAGCUGACCAUGGUUUUAAAUUCAAGGAAUAAUGUCUGUCAACCAUAUUUUCAAGAGCAAAUCUUCAAUCAAACGAAUUUGUGGCACAUGCAGUGCUGUUUAACAUUUCCUGUGAGCAGUGCUCACAUAUUUAUUCCACCCCUAAUUGCAACACUGUUUGAUUUCAAAUCUCUUUUCUCUUUUCCAGCUUUUGUGAUAUAUAAUUUUAUUAGUUUAUGUUAUGAAUAUCUUGGUGGUGAGAUUGCCAUUAUGAAUGAGCUUCGUGGUCGACCAGUCAAGUGAGUGAACAUUAUCAACUGAAUAUAAAAUUGUCACCUGCAAAAGGUCGGAGGUCAUGGGCGAGGGUAGUAAUCUCAAAUGGGAUAGUUUAUAUUAGGAUCGUAUCUAAAUACCAAAAUCAGUCCAAAUAUGAAUGAGUGACUAGAUGACAUGGAGAACAGUGGGAUUUUUAAAAGAAUGAAACAACAAUGGAUUAUGACUGGAUGGCACUACUCAUUACAGAUAAAUCUUGUGCAAAGGGCCAUUUAUUAGCAGUAUAUGGACUUUAUUCCUUCAAUUUUUAAUGUUCUCUAGGGCAAGCUGGUUGAGUUGCACAUGUUGUCUGAAUGGAAUGCAAUACACUGUUGGUUUCCUAAAGUUUUGUAAACAGGUACAAUGAAUCCUCAAUAUGGUUCUAUAUAUAGUGUACUCAAAUUUUCUUACUAACCUGUACAUUUAAUUAAUGUAGACUUUCCCAUUGCAUUUCAAAUCUCAACAGACUCACCCAUUAUAUGUGUAUCAUUACCUUUUUCUUUGCUUUAUAGGCAACGCUUCAAUUCUGUGUUGUGAAACCAAUCAUGGUGAUUGUUAUUCUGAUUUUGUUUCCUCUUGGUUAUUAUGAUCCAGGAGAAUGGAGGUACUAAAUAAAGCUACUUUUACCAAAUCCAGUAAGGUUUCCUUCUGUAGUAACACUGAACCAAUAAAAGAUGAUCCUUACUGGACCUCUGGAGAGAACAUUGUAGACCUGACAGAGCCAUAUCCAAUGCAAAUAAAGUUAGUUUUUAAACUUGACAAUAUUUUCUAUUUCAGAGGAGACCGAGGCUAUCUUUAUGUGACUGUGAUCUAUAACAUCUCCUACACUCUGGCAUUAUAUGGAUUAUUUUUGUUCUAUUCUGCCACAAAAGAACUCCUUGCACCACAUUAUCCACUACUGAAAUUCUUUACCAUCAAGUCUGUUGUGUUUCUCUCCUUUUGGCAAGGUGGGUUGGCAUUUCAGACGAUGUUUUCAGACUAGGACAAACUCAGUUCACAUAUCUCUGGUACACGAGUAUACAAAUAAUCGCACCCUGAUUUAGUCACAACUUUUUAUCAUGUAGGUUUCACAUUGGCAAUCUUUGAAAGCGUUGGUAUAAUUCGCACAUACAACAAUAUUUCAUCAGGAAAGAUUGCGAGCGCCUGUCAAGAUUUCUUGAUAUGUAUCGAGAUGUUCUUCGCUGCAAUUGCGCUACGGUUUGCCUUCCCACAUUCGCGAUACCUGAACCAACGAAAGUUAAAUGAAAAAGGACAAGCUGUUGCACUGAAGAGCAUAUCAAGUAACUUUAGACAGACAUUGAACCCAAAAGACAUUGUGACGGAUGCGAUUCAUAAUUUUUCUCGGUCGUAUCAACAAUACGCAGGUGGGAUGCCGGUUCAGACAGAUGAAGAAAGUGCAACAAGUCCGCAGCCUAAAGUUGUGUAUACUAAGAAUGGGUAUUCUGAAGAGACUAUGUUACUGGACUCUGAUUCAGAGUUUUAGUCUGCAGGAAAGUUGGAUUUAGUGGAUGCUGAGGAAUAGGUUAACUCAUUGCAAUACAGCCCCAUUCAAACGAGUCCAACAUCAAUGUAAACAAUGUAGGAUGGAAAUUUUAAACAUAGUUAAACCUGAUCCAUUAUCAACCAACAUAGUGUUCAGACAACACCAACAAUGUUGCAUCCACAAAUGUUGGUCUCGUUUGAACGAGCCGUAAGUCAAAAGCUCUGUUUUCCAAUUUCACAGAGCAACAAUUAGAUGUAGCUGUGUUUAUGGUAAAAACAGAUUUGCCCUUGUCUAUCAUCUUAAUAUAAUUGUGGAUAAUAGCUGUCAAUAGUGAGCAGGGCUUAGGAUAAGAAAUUACGAAAAACAUGUUGUAUAUAUACUAGGGCCAUCAUUACAGACCAGAGACUAACCUAAGACAUGCGAGUCUGAAACUUGAAAAUCGUUGGAGGUGGAAGCAAAAGGAUGAAAAACAAAUAACAGUUUCAUCUAUGCUUGUGAUGUUGUCUGUGAGGGUAUCCACACCUGGCAAGCUGAAAGGUUUGCUUGACUAUGGUGGGAAUUGAACCAAUCCUCUACAUAUAUCUUCACCUGAGUACAUAACACCAGAAACACACAUGAAAAAGUUUUAUCCAGUUGAUUUGUAUUGAAAAUAAUAUUUUAAGUUUGAAAACCCAAAAUAAUAACAGAUUUAUGGAUAGAAUGGAAUAAGGAAUAGUUAUUAGUAACUUAGUAUGAACAAAAUGAUUAAUUCAAUAAUACAACAAAUGAUGAAGGAUAUAUGAUGAAUAACAUCAAGUCAACUGUUCCAUUUUCAGCCCAUAAAUCUGUUAUUACAGCUGUAACAUUAGAAUAACAUAGGAUGCAAAGAAUCUAGUAUGGCAAGAAAAUAAUAUUUUGUAUUUAAUUGAUAUUACUGUGUAACUCCUUAGGCUAUGACUACUAUACAUUGAUUGAUUGACUGAUUGUAAUGAAUGAUUAUGUUUCAUAUUUUCUUGAUCUCAUUAUUUACAGUUCCCCAGAGGCAACCCUUAUACCACUCCCAAUUUCCACUGUGGGAGAGGUAUGUAUGUGUUGAUGAUUUGUUAUAUAGUCUUAUAUUUGUUAUAUCGACUCUAAAUCUAAUUCAUUCUGAUCAAUUACCAAAAUAAUUCCAAAUUAUAAACUUCCCUAUCUACAGAUUACAACAGGGCUUGAAAUUUUCAGCACAAUACAAUGGCAUGUUAGUGACUUCAAAUUUGGUAUCCACCCAGGAAAUCUAAUCUAGUAUCCCUGAUUUGGAUAGUAGAUAUUGCAGACAGCAGUUACAAGCAAAAGCAAAAAUAAAGUACUGUAUUACUAAGCUGCCGUGUCAUUGUCCAGUACUGAAAUUUAAAAGCUGCUACUUUAUGUGUAUCAUGAUACUGAAAAUUUCAAGCCCCUCUAUCACAGCACAAUUAUCACAAAAAUGAUCAGUCUCAAAUUUCAAAAACAGCUUUCGAGAUCUUUCCACUUUUCAAGGUUGACAGUGCUUGGGCAUAAUCUUCGAGUUUAAACAUUUCAACCCCCAACUUCUUGUAGCCCAAAUAAUCCUUGGCCAUGUCUUGGACUAGUUGUAUGGCUCUUGGGAAGGUGAACGGGUUAAUAAGCGAUCCAACCAUCUUUAGUUCUUUAAAAACUAUAUCAAAUGGAUUGAUUUUAAUUUCGGAAGUUUUAGAACAACAGCCAAAGACACAAAAGGUGGCUCCAUGGCGAAGCCAGUUAAAUGCUUGUUGGAUAGCUUCUGGUGAACCAGUGCAAUCUAUGAUUGUGUCGAAACCCCAAGUGACAUCGUUAUUGGUGAUUCCUCGUUUGUAUAGAAUCUCAAGGCUUUCCGGGUGAACGAUAUUGUAACCCAACUUCAUCCCAGAGGCCAGAGCUCGGCGCUGUUCCGAUAUCUCGGUUAGGAUAACCCUACGAUAACCUUUGAAAUGGGCUAUGCUUGCAAAAAGCAACCCAAUGAUCCCGGUACCACAAAUCAGGAUAUCUGCAUCUGUUGGUAACGAGCCCAGCUGAUCCCAGCCAUGGAGGAUACACGAGAUAGGUUCGACAAAUACAGCCGCUUCCAGAGUGAUCUGUGUUGGAAUCGGAUGAACUUGCGAGGCAGGGACUCGGCAGAAGUGCGCCCAACCGCCAUUACGCCAAAGACCAAUGGUGGAAUUGAGUCCACCAACUGGACAAAAAUGAGGCUGGGCUUUAAAACAGUAGUGACAUUUUCCACAACUGGAAUUUGGGUUUACAACCACUCUGCAAAAUAUACAGCAGUAUGUUGUCUUUAUUCUCCAGUCAUUUAAAAUCUUCCCAACUAAGACAUAUUUCUUAUUAGCAGUCUUACAGGCAUGACAAUAGCUGUCCAUUGACAGCUAAUGAGGUGUAAUUGGUUGCAAUCAGGUUUCAUUAAAAUUUAACUGAGAUUAGUUCUGAUCAUACCCCAUAAUUAGAGAUAUAAUUAGCUCUAAUUGAACUUCUAAAGUAAUAAUUAUUGAAUUAAUCCGAGUUUAAACUUAAAGUGAUUAGCUAUAAACGAUCUUUACAAGACUUUUGCAAAACCGUAUUAUUCA